AUGAAGCCUGAUAUUAUGCUCUCUUUACUCAUUCCUGGACCACAAUCACCGGGAAAUGACAUUGAUGUCUUUCUUCAACCGCUUAUUAACGAAUUAAAAGAACUGUGGGAGUUAGGUGUAGAAACAUAUGACUCUUCAAAAAAUAAAACAUUCAACAAGAGAGCAUGUCUUUUAUGGACAAUUAAUAACUUCCCUGCGUAUGCUAUGUUAUCUGGCUGGAGUACAAAGGGAAAACUGGCUUGUCCGUGUUGUAAUGAUGAGACUUCUUCUAUCUAUUUGAAACAUAGUCACAAGACUAUUUAUAUGGAUCAUCAAACAUUUUUACCCAUGAAUCACUCGUGGAGGCAUAACAAAAGAUCUUUCAAUGUAAAAACUGAACUUAGGUCUCCACCCCAGUUGUUAGAGGGAACAACUGUAUUUGACAUAUUGCAAGAGAUAGAUAACUCUUUCGAAAAGAAGCAAAAGAGAUCAAAGAAUGGGGUAUCAAAUUGGAAAAAGUGGUCAAUAUUUUUCGAAUUACCAUAUUGGAAGAACAACAUGUUUAGACAUAACUGUAUUGUCAUGCACAUAGAGAAGAACAUAGCUAAUAGCAUAAUAAGAACUCUAUUGGAUAUUCCCAGAAAGACAAAAGGUCAUACAGAUGCUCGUCUUGACCUUAAAGACAUGGAAAAGAAGAUUUCCGGUUACAAGACCCAUGAUGCUCAUUUCAUGUUACAUUACUUGUUGCAAGUACCAAUCAAGAGCAUACUUCCUAACCAUGUUGCCAUCGCUCUAUUCGAUUAUGCUCAUUUUUCUGCCGGGUAUGUCAGAAGAGAGCAUGAGAGUCAAGUUAAUGAUAACAAUCCAUGCAGAACGAAGUGGGAGAAAGCCAAAGACCAUAGUCAACAAUUCUCAGAAUGGUUUAAAGUUCGUGCCAUGAAAAAAGAUGUGCCUGGUUGGGCAAAAGGGUUGGCUAGAGGUCCAAAUAAAGUUGCAAAAAGAUUUUCAGGUUUUGUUAUCAAUGGGUAUAGGUUCCAUACAAGGCACCGUGAUGUGAGACGUAAAACCCAGAAUAGUGGUGUCACAUUAGAAGCAUUGACUCCUAGUUUUGCUAAUGUGAAAGAUAAGAACCCAAUUGAAGCAAAAGUAACCUACUAUGGUAGAAUAGUUAAUAUGUUUGAGUUAGAUUAUUAUGGCCAAUUUAAAGUAGUCCUAUUUAAGUGUGAGUGGUAUACAGUUGCAAAAGACCACUUUGGUCUCUCAUAUGUGUAUUUCAGUAAAAAAUGCUACCAAGAAGAACCAUUUGUGUUAGCAUCUCAAGUAAACCAAUGCUUUUAUGUGCAAGACCCAUAUGUGAGUGACAAAUACUAUGUUAUGAAAAGAAUUCCGAGAGAUUUAUUUAGAAUAAGUGACGACCUUGAGUCUGAUUCCUCCACAAUAUAUGCAAGGGAGCCAUGUGAACCUGAAAUGAUUCCAAGUCUUCCAAAUGAUAAUGGCGAAGUUGAUCUAGUGAGGAAUAAUCUACGAGCUACCAUCCUAGAUAUGGCUCCAAACAUGUUUGCCAAGCAACAUUGUGAGGAAGACGAGGAAAGUGAAUAUGAUAAGUUCAUGGAGGAUGUUGAUUCUGAUUCUUCUUGA